AUGGGCCAGCUUAGCGCCUCUACUGUGAGCUCGGGGUUGAGGUCACACGACAAACGGUCUCGCCAUGACGUCUCAGACAGGUAUUGGUGGUCCAGGAAUAUUGGUUCCCAUCUCAUGCUGCUACUCACCAAAGCGGGAUACACCCUCGAUGCUCAAGCUGAGGCAUUGUCUUUUCUCUACCACAUCGUCGCCCCUCGCCUUGGCCCGAAACCAACAUCGCCAAUGCCAAAGUGGCAAAGCUUUAUGACUGACGACUUCACCCCAUUAGAGUACAGCUGGAAGUGGGGACGAGGAGACAACCCGCCAGAGAUCCGAUACAGCAUCGAGGCUAUCCCACCUAUUACAAACAACCCAUCUGACCCUUUAAAUCAAGCAGCGACCUACGCCCUCCUAUCACAGCUCCAGUCAAUGACACCCGAGCUCGACCUCUCUCUGUUCCACCAUUUUGUCACAUGCUUUUUUGGCCCCCAAAGCCCUGUCCUGACCUCUACAAAAGCCACGCACCAGCAAUCGUCUCUCUUUCUAGCCUUCGAACUGUCACGGAAAACUAGCCAAGAUUCAACCAAGUGCUAUUUUGUCCCUGUAUCAACCCCGUCGAACAGCGCAGCCGAGCAAAUUUCUUCGGCGAUCAGGUCCUCCAGUUACCACUCCCAUCUCCCCGCCAUCGAUGAACUCGAACAAUUCUUUCGGCAAGACCAAGACGGCCGAACCAUCAAGCCAAUCAUGCUUGGCAUCGACUGUGUCGACGCCUCCGAAUCCCGUCUCAAGAUCUAUGCUCGGUCCACGAGGACUUCGUUCGAGUUUGUGAGGCGAGUCAUGUCCCUCGGGGGCCGACGCCGGGGAAUGGAGAAGGAAGAGGGGCAAUUGAAAGAGCUUUGGUGCCGGGUCUUGGGCCUGCCAAAAGAUAUGAACACGGAGGAAGAGUUGCCUUUUCGUGAUCACCCUACCGCCGGUACCCUCUUCUAUUUUGAUGUUGGGCCAAAGGAAGCGGUGCCAAAUGUGAAAGUUUAUAUACCCGUGAGGCACUACUCAAAGAGCGAUCGGCAGAUUGUGAGUGGACUGGCCAGCUUCAUGGAGAAAAAUGGGAGCAGAAGGUUCGUGGACUGUUACAAGGAGGUGAUAGAGGGACUAGCUACCGAAGAGGGGAUCGAUGUAGGGACGGGAGUGCACACGUAUGUUACUGCGGCGUAUAAAAAGGGUGGGCUGGCUGUCACAAGUUACUUUAACCCACAGAUGUAUCACAGGGCAAGGUGGGCUUGA